GUGGCUGAGGAUGCCCAGGUCCUUUCUGGUGAAGAAGCCGUGCAGCCACAGGAUCCCCAACUAUGGACAGCUCCUGGAGGCUCAGCCAGGUCUGGCACUCUCCAUAUAUCAGAGUGAGGACAUCCCUGCGGUCAAACAGGACAUCACAGAAAAGUGGCCUCCGCAGGCGGCUCUGUCGCAUACCGAGGCCGAUACCACACAGGAGGAACUAUACAAUGACUCUCCCCUAAGCCCCCUGGAGUUCAGGAUGGGCAAUGCUCUGUCAGUUUUAACCAAUGGACUACCUCUAAAAGACAGCCUGAACAACUUGCACACGCCCCCAAGGAGCAGAACAGCGGAGGCGGGACUCUCGGCACUAGUGAACAAAGCUGCGUUCAGUCUUCCUUCUCAGGGAGAGAUGGCACAAGUCUCAGAUUCCGAGGCCUGUUUAGACUUUCAGAAGUCGGGUAAAUUGCACUCUAACCAUAAACUGCGGCACUGCCGGUACUUCAGCUGCCCGCACUGUUCCAAGGCCUACAGCAGUCUGGGGGCAUUGAAAAUGCACAUCCGUACCCAUACGCUGCCCUGUGCUUGUCGUAUAUGCGGUAAAGCUUUCUCCAGACCGUGGCUUCUGCAGGGACAUAUCAGAACACAUACAGGUGAGAAGCCAUUUUCCUGCUAUCACUGUGGCCGUGGCUUUGCAGACCGUUCCAACCUGCGAGCGCACCUGCAGACACACUCAGAAGUAAAGAGAUACCGGUGCCCGGGCUGCGUCAAGACCUUCUCCCGCAUCUCCCUCCUCAUCAAGCACCGCGAUGGCUGCUGCUGCCCGGUGUCCUGACACUCUGUGACUCCG